AGCUUGGUUCCAGUCCAUCAGUCUCCUUUUCAAACCCAUGCUGGCAUUUUGACAGAGUUUCAAGACGGUCUGUCUCAGAAGCAUUGUAGCUAUGAAGGAAAAUGAGGGUCUCCUCAUUUUUGUAGCCUUUGCAACGAUACUACCUUGGGGAGAUUGGGCAGAAGGCAGUAUGUCUGAUCCUAUUACUCGUCGACCUUAUCCUGUUCCUUUGAAUGGAUGUCCAGCACACCCAACCUCUCCAGCCUACUGCUCUUUUGUUCGCAGGGGAGAUUUCAACUCUACUAUUGAAGACUUAUGCCAGUUUUCUAUGCCACAAUAUGCCUGUGGCUAUGUAGAAAAGGUUUCCAAUCUAACCCCAAGAAAACUGGUCUCCAUUCUCAAGUGCUCUCUGAGGGACCCUGCCGCCCAGCCUGAUCAAGAGGCUUUCUUGCUGCUUUUUGAAGGAGUUAAUCUCAGCACUUUGCAGGAUGCUCUGAAUCAGAUGAGCAUGGAGAUCUCCAGAGACCAGAUGUUACCAGCUUUCAAAAGAUUUUUGCUGAAUGCAGCAUGGGAAAAAAUUAAGACAGAUCCUCUGGUAUCGAAUGCUGGCUUCCUCUCCUCUUGGUUCCAAGAGACGAUGCACUCUUACUUGACGGAUGUACACACCAACAUCUUAGACUGCAUGACUCAAAUCCCAAUCACCUGUGAUGGCUUCAGAACAAUUGUCCAGGCCUUAGACAGUGUGUACCCUGAUAUGGAUCACAGCACAAGGCAGUUGGUGACCAGCUGGAUUGGAAGAUUUCUUACUGUAUUCCGGUGCCAGAAAAGAUCACCUAAAGAAUGGAUACAAAGCAACUGGAAAAGCUUUCAAAACCAUGCCUCCUAUAAUGACUUCACAAAGAUCUGGAGUGGUUUUGAUGGGUUUGCCGCUCUCAAUGUCUUUACUGCUUCCCAGCUGGCCCAACUGAUUGUCACUCAAAAGGUCCUCUCCAAUCUCACCUUAAUGGAACCUGUUGCCAAAGUCCUCAGCAGCCAGGAUGUCGUCUAUAUAGAGAGCUUCCUGGAUGAGUUGUUCAGAUCACCUCUUGAUCUCCUGCUUGACCACAAAGCUGCAUCUCUUGCCCUGGAGACCAUUCUGACCAAGAUCAACCACAGCUUCCCUGAUCUUUGUUCACCCUCCCUGAAAGACCUGUUUCAAAUCAAACUUGUGCGCUUGCUGCCCUUUGUUGAUACCAAGAUAAUGAUGCUGUUUCCAACUCAGAUAGGCUGUGUGGACUUCCAUGAUAUCUACAAAGGUCUAAAUUCUGUUUAUUACAAACUAAAUACAAAGACUCAGCUUGCUGUCUUUCAAAAUCGUUUGAAUUUCCUUGAAGGGCAGCUUGCAAAAGAAGGAGUUGCAUGUACAUUCACAGCUUCAAACAGUAGAGAUUGGCUGCAUGAAAACUUUGGACAUUCCAGUUACUUGGCUAAUUACAGCAACUUUGUCCACUUGAAUCCAUCUUUCAAUGGAUUUGAAGUGCUGGAUUUACUAACAUCAACCCAGGUUGGAACCCUGGUAGUUUUGUCUGGCAUUCUGACUGACAGCUCGAGGAUGAAUGCAGAGAUGGAGGCAGCCAAUGUGAUGAACAUUUUCCAAAGCCGAAAUCUAUCUGAGCUUCAGACAUUUCUCCUCAAAAUCAAUGCACUCGCAGAACAGAAUAACUUAGUGGAAAUAACCAAUGUGAAAGUCCGUGGCAUCAUGCUAAAGGGAAUUUUUCAAAUCCUAAAGCCGCAUUUUGUUUUCAUGAGGAUAACUGAUUUGGAGCUUUGGUUCAGUAGGAUUCUGACAUUGUACCUGCCCUCCAUCACUGUUCAAGAGCUGAAGAUUCUUCCUUCUCCAUCCAACUGCACCCACUUGCAUGUUAUUGUGAAAGGAUUGGAUUAUGUAUUUGAUCUAAUGUUGGUGGAGACUAAAAUUGAAGUGGCUCAGUGGAUUAAAACAACUCUUCAGAAAAUUGACUGCCAUAAAACAGAAGACUGGUUAUCCCUCACUUUCCAGAGAUUCAGUUCCAUCGUUAACCUCACAGACUUGAUGGCGAUUGAUUCCAACUUCAGUGGGAUAGUCCACUUAAAGGAACUCUCAGUUGCUCAACUCGCUCAGCUCACCAUGACAGAAGAAGUGCUGAGCUCCAUUGACAUGGUGAUGAAAGUCUUUCAAAGACUGGGACAUUUCCCAAGUCUUGAUGCCUUAGCAGCAUAUUGGGAUGAAUUCAACAUUGCCUUUGAAAAGCCCAUUUUUGUCAGCAUUCUCAACAUUUCAAUGGAAGUGAAAACAUUCUUGCUUACUAAGACAAUUGAAAGGUUGAAUAAGGAAUUUCCAACUUUCACGGAUCUUGACUAUCAACUUUGGUUUGAAAAGAGGCUUGUGAUGGUGCUGCCAAGUGUAACUGCUGCUAUUCUUCAACAAAUCCCCAUCAAUAUUUCCUGCAAGGCCUUCAAAUCUGUGAUUGCUGGGAUUGACAGCGGCUUUUCUGAAAUUUCACAGAAAAGGAAAACAGAUAUUUUAAACUACAUAGCGUCCUUCCUCACCCAAAAGUCUCAAACAACUGGUCCCAUCUGUUCUGAACAAACCACAACCAGAAAGUGGCUCCUCACAUUCUUUAGGAGAUUCUCUGUGACUCUGCCAUACAUUCAGUUGGUUUCCUACUACGGCCAGACCUUUGAUGUGUAUACAGUUUUGGAUCUAUUAACUCCGAAACAAAUUGGGGAUAUGAUAAUCCAUUCUGACACUUUGACCAGCAUCUCUUUGGCAAAACACCUUGUGGUCUUCUUUCAAGAUAGCAGCUUCAGCAAUGUCCAGAUGAUUCUCAAAGAAUUCACCCAAGCUGCUAUUAAGCACAAGUUUGUUGUCCUUCCAAACCUGGAGGUGGCCCAGUUGCUUUUGACACAUUUCCUGGAACUGGCAUCUUCUCAUUUGGAGAUGUACACUGCAAUUGAUUGGAACAUCACAUUCCAGCAAGAUCUGCGCUUCCUUGUUUAUGCAUUCAAUACCACAACACUUACUUACAUCAUUCCCGAAGACUAUGCAUCCUUCGUGGUUAUUGUGUCAAGAUUUAGCGAUGCACAUGACCAAAUGUCAGAAAUCUCAAAGAGAGCUGUGGUGCUCUGGAUUGUUCACUAUCUCAAGGAAUUUAAAGCGUAUCUCAUGGAGCCCAGUGAUGAAUGGAUCCAUCAGGCAUGGGGCUUGUUCUUCCAUGAUGCCACCUUGGAAGAAGUGAAAUCCACUCAUGAGAAGUUUGAACCUUUUUCUCUCUUACAUUUCCUGGAUGUUCGCCAGCUGAUUGACUUCAUUGCAACAUCAAAUGCAUUGGUCAAUGUGACCACAAUGAGGCAUGUUCUUUCAACCCUAAGGGAUAAACAGUCUGAAAUCUCUCUUGCUAAAAUGGAUGAAUUCCUGACAAGGCUCAACUUAGUCAUCGAACAGAAGAACAUUCUGAGCCUCAGAAAUGGUAAAGUGAGGCUGGAGCUGCUGAGUACCACUUUGACAAACCUGGCACGCUAUUUCUACAAAUUUACAGCUUUAGACUACGAAUCCUGGUUCUUGAACAAACUAAAAUUCCUUUUGCCUAGCAUUAAUGUGAAUUUGUUGCAGCUGAUACCACUGGAUGUCAGUUAUUCUGCCUACAGAGCCAUUUUUGGAGGCUUGGACCAGGUCUAUCCUGAGUUAUCUCAAGACACAUCUCUCCAGAUCUACAAUUUGAUGAAGACUAUCAUGAAACUCCAGUUCAAUGUCUCCGGAACAGUAUUUCCUGGCAGUUACAACAGCAGCCAAGUUUUUCUGGAACAAAUGUUUUACAAAUUUGUACUUUUUGCUAGAUACACUGACUUCCUCUUUUUAUAUAAGGAUUUUAAUGGGUUCGAAGUCCUUUCCCUGCUGUCCCCAAAGCAAAUGGGAGAAAUGAUGAUCGUUACUGAUGCCUUCAAAGAUGAAUUCCUGGCUAUACAGAUUUUGGUUGAAUUGGAGAGACGGUUUUCUGCCUCUCUCAUGGAUUUUAUGACUGAAUUUAAUGCUGCAGCAAAACAGAAGCACCUGAUUGUCCUCCCAGAUCUCCGGGUCCGUGACUUAAUUUUCAAAAUGGUCUUCAAGACACUCGAGUUUGGCACCUUUACAGCUGAGCAAUACUCUUUUUGGUUUGGAACUCAGCUCCAGCUGUUCCUGACAGCUUUAUCACCCAAGGACCUGCAGCUGAUCCCACUCGAUGUAGACUGCCAAUCUCACCAGCACUUGGUGAAGGCCCUGGAGAAACCAUACAAUGUUUUAACAACAGAACAGAAGGAAGCUAUUCAUGGGAGGAUAUUGAACUACCUGAAAAUAUAUCAGGCGAGAGAAGGUACUACCUGCUCUCCAGAUGCCAACAGCACCCAUUGGCUUCUCAGCAACUAUGGCCGAUUUAGUGCCCUCGCAAGCAUUGAAGAGUUCUUGUCAGUGAAUGUUAAUUUUAAUGCGGUUUCAGUCCUGGCAAAACUGUCUUCAAGCCAGUUGGCUGAAUUACUCAUAACUCUGGAAGCCUGGAAUGAUGGGAGCCUUCUAGUGAAGAUCAUGAGCCACUUGGACACCAUGGCAGAUCUGGCCAGAUUCCUUGACCAGCUAAAUAAGUUUGCUGCGAUAGAAUUGCAGAGCAGUGACAAUUGUGAUUUGAUUCUUGGCAUCUCAUUGCGAAAAUUAGCUGUCAACUUUGCAAAGUUCAAACCCAAGGAUUUCACCUACUGGUUCCAAUCUGCAUUCCAAAAUGUGCUGCAUGCUGUGAACAGAAGCCAGGUGGUCUCCCUCCCACUCAGGAUAUCUUGUGACUCCUACCAACAAAUACUGAAGGGAUUUAACAACAUCUAUUCCAACAUCCCAGCGGAAAAUGCUGCAAACAUUUUUGGAUUCAUCAAAGCAUUUUUGAUGUCAAAAGUCAAAUCAGGCUUGGCCUGUGGACACCCUACCCAGAGCUUUCGGGACUGGCUACAAAUCCACCUUGGGAACUUUAGCCGAAAUGCGGAAUACCAUGACUUGCUGAGCUGGAACCUGUAUUUUGAUGGUAUGGCUGUCUUAGAAUAUUUGUCUCCAUCACAACUUGCAUCAUUCACUCUGGAAUCUGGAAUCAUCAUCAACAAAGAGCACAUGUGCCAGAUCCUUGCAAGAUUGCAGAACAAACCAUUAGCAGAAAAUUAUGAAUAUUUGGAUCAAUUCAACACAGUGGCCCAGAAGCUUGGGAUAACAUCCCUGAAAGAUGAAGGCAUACAAAAACAAAUGCUUUUGCAGUUUCUUCAGGGGGCUGAAGGUACAUUCUCAACAUUUGCUCCAGAAAACUGGACCCACUUGCUGUCAACAAGACUGGGCCUCCUUUUGCCAAGCAUCAGCGAAAAGGAAUCUCAAAGGAUCUUGUCAUAUGUUUCAACUUGUGACAGCUUCAGAGCUGUGGUAUCCUCUGUCAACCAGGUUUAUCCUUCUAUACCAUUGGCCAAUCGAAAAGGCAUCUACGAUACUUUAUUUGCUUUCCUCGAUACUCAACGCAAAAUCACAGGAUCUGCAUGUUCUUCUCAUACCGAGGGUACAGAGUCCUGGCUGCAAGACCACCUUGGGUCCUUUGUCAAACAAGCUCUUUAUGAAGAUUUGAUCAAACUGCUGGCCAGCUUCAGUGCGUUUGAGAUCAAGGAUAAUCUUACCUCCACCCAACUUGCUCACGUCUUUUUUGGCUCUAACAUCCUGGAUAAUCCUGAUAUGGUCCGUGCACUUCUAAUGCCUUUAGAAAACAGGUCUCUGGAAGAGACCAUUGCUUUUGUGUCAGAGUUUGUCCUCAUUGCAUCACAGAAGAGAGUGAUCCUGGAAAACACAGAUGUGAGGUUUUUGAUGCUUGAAGCCUUUUUCUACAAGAUGCAAGAUUUGCUCCUCAGUGCCUCUGUCUCUCAGUACAAAGAUUGGUUCCAGAGUAAGCUGACUCUGUGGCUGCCCAGUAUGAAUACCACCAUCCUUGCAAUGAUCCCCAAAACUGUCCCUUGUGGCUCUUUCAAAGCUAUAAUGGCUGGCUUGGAUGGGAGUUUCCCACAGAUGUCAUCAGAAAAUUGUCAAGAUGUUUACAAGUUUGCCAUAGACUACUUGACUUCCAAGAUUUCUCAAGGAGGUGAUCCUUGCAUUGAAAAUACCCGAGGCAGCUUGGACUGGUUAAAUGCCAAUUUUAAACGCUUCAGCAAAUUAGCCACUUAUCAAGACCUGGCUGGCCUGAAUCCAGAUUUUAAUGCACUGGAUGCAGUCACAGGUCUCUCGCCGUGGCAACUGGCUGACUACACCUUAGGAGGUGGGGUUCUGCGUGACACAGACAAAGCCCGGAAGGUCUUUGGGGCUCUUGAUUCACAGGAUAUUGCAGAGUUUAUGGAUGCUUUCAAUGUUGCUGCCAAGCAGCAUCAUCUGUCUCUACUGCCCCGUUUGGAGAUAAGGCGGUUCAUCCUGGGUGAAAUUUUCUGUCACUUGAGUGGCCUCAUCCACCUCUUCACCCCAGCAGACUAUAACACAUGGUUUGGACAACGGCUCCACUUUUUCCUGAGUAGCUUGAAUGCCCAGAAUCUUGGUUUCCUACCUAGUGACCUGAGCUGUGAUUCCCUUGCAGCCAUAGUGAGCACUUUAAAGGACCACCAUGGCAACAACACAUUUGAAAACCCGGAAGAUAUAUAUUCUUUUAUAAAGCGGGUUCUCCAUUUCCAUGUACAAAAUUCAGACUCUGCUUGUGCACAGGGGAUCUCCACAGACAGACAAUGGCUGGCAAGAUUUUUUGGACCCUUCACUAUUUAUGGCUCAUACUCAGAUUUCACUGCACUAAAAAGCAACUUCCAUGGGUCAGAUUCCUCGGACUUGUUCUCUGCAAGAGCCUUGGCUGAGCUGUCCGUUCAAAGCCAUACCGUUUACAGCACUUCAGCCAUGAAGCAUAUCAUCCAGACUAUCAGGAAGAAAGCAGAUGCAGACCAGUUCCUUGGCACUUAUCUGGAUGAGUUCAACUCUUUUGUAAUGAAGAAUCGUGAUUUGCUAAGCAAUAUCAAUAUCAGGGAUGCUCUGCUGAUGCUGUCAGCAGAGAUCAACUUUCCCCAAAUAUCAGCUCUUUCGUUGAAAGACAUGAGAGGAUGGCUAGAGAGACUCAACAAUUUGCUGCCAGGUAUCAAUGGAACCAUGCUGGAAUUGCUACCACUGGAUAUGCCCUGUCCAUAUUUCCAAGCAGUUGUGAAAGCUCUAGACAACAUUUACUCAACAUUGUCAAGCAGGAAGAGGCAAGAUGUCUAUGGCUUUCAGAAGACUUACUUGACUGCCCAGUUUGCUGUCUCGGGGUCAGCAUGUGAUGGAGGGACGAUUGGCAUCCAAGAUCUGCUGCUGAAGAAUUUUGGAAAGUUUUGUUCGAUGGCUAAACUAAGCAAACUUCAAGCUUUUUACCCAGAACUCAAUGGAGUAAGUUUUUCAAAUCAGUGUCCCUAAAGAAGAACUCCUUCUUGUUUGCUCAAACUUUAAUUUUUGAAGAUUUAGACCCUUCCCUAACUGUUGUAAUAAUAACCCAAUUAUUGCAUUAUGCAUAAAUGCUAGUUUAUACUCAUUCUGGGAUAUAUCAUUUUCUUCUCCCAGUAUAUACCAGAUUUUCAAAGUCUGUCACCAGUUAAUGUCAAUUGAUGUGGCUCUUGGCUGAUUUCUUUUCAGUAAAAUACUUUUCAGGUCUGAAUCACCAUAGUGCUGGUUUUGGAUGCAUUUUUUAAAUGUAAUCUCUUACAAAGCUCUCUGUCCCUGCAAGAAAGCCAGUUUGUCUACCAGAAACUUUCAUUCUUAAGUAUGAAAGCUGACUGGGUGAGUUUGGGGCAGUCAUUCUCUCUCAGCCCAACCCACAUCAUGGUUGUUAUGGUUCCCCAUAACAGGAAGAGAAAAGUAGGUUUGCCAGUUUGACAUUUAUAAAAAUAGUAAAGGUGGAAUAAAAAUUGUGCGCACGCACACACGCACGCACGCACACACACACACACACACACACACACACACACACACUGGAAGACUAUCACUGUUUUCCAGUCAUGUAGCAGUUUCAUCAGCUUGCAACUGAGAAAAGACACUUGUCAUACAAAAGUUGUCUUUUUUCAACUUUGAAUUUAUUUCUUCUUUGUUUUUCUUUUCCUCUUUUUUCAUCUCCAAUUUAUAGAUUAUUUUAAAAGUAAAUUUUAAAUAACAGCCUGUUUGGUGACCUUUCCACCAAUAUCCUACCUUUAAUUUAAUUACCAGUAGUAGCAAUCUGGCCAACACAUUUUCCCUGUUUUUUAUUUCAUUUACUGUCUGAGUUUUUAUUUGGAAAUAUAGUUCUCUUCAUCUCUUUCAAGUACAACCGUAUCUGAGAUGAUGAAAGUCAUAUUUCACAUCAACUGAUAGAUUAGGAAAUUUAGUAAAAUAUUUUGCAUUGGCAUACUCAAGGGUCCUUAGCAGUUAUUGUAUGAAAAGAGAUUUUUAGAUCUUUUAAAGAACAAUGUACUUAUAUUUGUCAAUGUCCCCCAAAUUAAACCUGAUUUAUCUAUCUUUAUGUUAAUCAUAGUUGCCAUGUGCAAUUUCAUGUCUCCAUA